AAUGUUUUACAUCUGUGUAGCUGUACUCUCUGUUUAUCUCCUAAGUUUCCCUGUGGAUUUCUACAUAAAGACUGUUUCAUUUGACUCUCAUUUGGUGGUCUUCAUCUGCUGUCUUAUAUCAUCACCAAACCACAGAAUGAUGAUAAACCCAUCAUCUGGACCAGGAGGUGUGUGUAGGUUGCUCGCCUCUUUGCUUUAUGGGCUGGAGUCUCACAUGAACACCUCAGAGGAUAGCACUUUUCUACAGGACAUGCUCAUGGGCAAUACUCUGCAUCUGCUUAUCAAGGUCUAUGACAGGCUGCAGAAGUACAAAGCCCAGCAGCCCGCUCCGCUGCUGGAUAGCAUACGCGGCCUGGCUCAGGACUUGGCAGAAGAGCUGCAUGGUGUUGUCACCAGCCCAGAGACAACAGAGUUGUUAUACCUGCUCUCCAAACCUCAUGUACAGGCUUUUCUCUCAGUGCAUGACAUGGUGGCCCAGAAAGAAUUUGACCCUCGGUUGCCACCUCUGCCCCCACUGCCUGAUUACGAUGAGAAAGAGGAGGAUUCGGUCAAGAUUGUUUGCCUGGUUAAAAACCAGGAGCCACUGGGAGCCACCAUAAAGAGAGACGAGUCCACCGGAGCUAUAAUUGUAGCUCGGGUCAUGAGAGGAGGAGCUGCUGAUCGGAGUGGUCUAAUUCAUGAAGGUGACAAGCUCAAGGAAGUCAAUGGAGUUCCAGUGGAAGACAAGAACCCAGAGGAGAUCAUUCCCAUACUAGCCCAGUCAGAAGGAGCAGUGACCUUCAAAGUCAUCCCAGGCACUAAAGAAGAGCUGGAGACCAUAGAUACCAAGAUCUUUGUGAGGGCACUUUUUGACUAUGAUCCCCAAGCAGAUCCCGCUAUUCCAUGCAAAGAUGCCGGGUUGGAAUUCCAUAGAGGAGAUGUGUUACAGAUUGUAAGCCUAGAAGAUGACACCUGGUGGCAGGCCAGACAGUACGGUAACGCCAACCUCAGGGCUGGGUUGAUUCCCUCAAGACAGCUUCAGGAAAGGAGACCUGAACCCGAGAACUCAGACCCCGAGACCAUCCUCCCUCCAGCCAUGAUCGUGAGUCCCAUUCAAUGGACCAUCAACCAACAAAUCUCCGAGGCUAACUCCUCCGAGCCCGCUCCGCCGGGAGGUCCUGAGGGGCUCCUCUACAUUCCACCGGCCCAUUAUCCCGGUGACGAUGCGGUACCUCAUCCUCCCGACAUCGCUGAGGAGGAAAACAUCUACCGGGUGCGGGCAGUUCUCGACUCUCAACGACAGGGUCCAAUGCUGGAAUACCUCAUCGACUGGGAGGACUAUGGCCCAGAGGAAUCUGGUUUAAGGAGAAGUUUCCGGCUGAGCCGGAAGGACAACACGAGUCAGCAGGUGAGACAGAAGAUGGGUGAAGCACAUGCUGCUAUCCAUUUCCCUGUUUAUCAGGAGGUUUUGCCUCACCAGAGAAAGCCUGAAGAGCCGCACCGCCUUGUGCUUCUAACUGGGCCUAUAGGGGUUGGUGUGACCGAGUUGAAGAGAAGACUUCUACUCUCUGACCCAGAACACUUCAGUGUAACUGUGCCACAUACCACUCGGGAGCGGAAAAAGCAAGAAAGAGAAGGGGUGGAGUACCAUUUUGUCUCCAAACACACUUUUGAAAAAGAUAUCCUCAACCACAAAUUUUUGGAGUAUGGUGAACAUAAAGGGAACUACUAUGGUAUGAGUCUGGAUUCGGUGCGCAGGGUCAUGGCGGAGAGCAAGGUCUGCCUGUUGGAUGUGGAACCUCACACUAUAGCAGCCCUUUAUUCCUCCGAGUUUAAACCCUAUAUUGUAUUUGUGAAGCCUCCAUCAAUAGAGCGCUUAAGACUGAGCCGAAGAAAAGCAAAAGUUCUGGCAAGUCAGAAUGAGCAAACAGCCACAAAAUUCUUUACGGAGGAGGACUUCCAGGACAUGAUUACCACUGCCCAAGCCAUGGAGUAUAAAUAUGGCCACUUGUUUGAGAAAGUGAUCAUCAAUGACGAUCUGGCCAUGGCAUUCACUGAGCUGAGAGACGAACUCACAAAGAUAGAAACAGAGACUCACUGGAUCCCAAAUACAUGGGCUCAUGUCUGAGAAAGCAAUUCAUGUUCACUGAACCACUUAGACACAUGAUAACUUUUGACUGUUUUGGAUAUUUUCUGCAUAUAAAAAGGCACACCAUAUUAUUGUAAUUAUACGCUUAUAAGCAGUGUGUGCUGGCCCGUCAUGAAUCAGCUCCAUUCAUAACUGCCAAACUCAUGACAUUGCACUGAAGUUGAAACAGUUUUGUUUAUGUUGAGAAACAAGUAAUUGUAAAGAAUUUUUAUCUCCCCCUAAUUCCUACAUAAUGAUAUACAUUAUGCUAUUUUACUAAAUGAUUUCUAUACACAUAUUGCUUUGUGCACUGUUGUGGCUCAUGUUUUGACAUUAAUCACUUACAGACGGGGAUUUUCCAUUAAAAAGAUGUGUUCUUAAUUUGGUUUAAGUGAGGUGGAAUAGGACUACAGAUUUUUUUUUUUUUUCAUAAAUUGUGACUACAAGAUUGAACUCUAGAUUAGACCUCUGAAACACAUCCAGGUAGCUCUAUGUAACAAACAGUUCCAAUCCAAGUUUAGAUUUUUCCUGACAAUGAACUCAGGGCUUUACGGUGAUUUAAAUGCCUUAGAGUUCUUGAAGAUCAUUAACGUUUGCAGGUAUACAAGGUGAUCCAUGAGUCAACCCCUCGAAAGAAUCAAUCCAAAGCACCACAACUGUUUUUUUUUGUUUUUUUUUUCCCCAAACAUUGCAUUUGGAAAGGUGAGUUGACAUGGAAGUUAAGAGGAAGACAUUUUCUCAAGAUGACCUUAGUUGUUUCUGCAGAAGCCAGAAGAGGAAGGGGACGUUUAUUUUCACCAGCACUCAGUAUAUUAAAGUAGAAUUAAAGAGUAACGGGAGAGUUCCUGGGGUUACCUUGGAUCGCUGCCUAGUCAGCAUGAGGGAUAGACUUCCACACAUACCUGCCUUUACCUUCCAGUGAAGCCGGAAUGAAAGGAAGCUUGAAUUGGAGAAGCAGAUUUUAGAUGCAGUAUAUGGCAUAUCAGAAUCUUUUUAAAAGAACUGACAAAUUAUGAUUAGUAAAUAUAGUAAAUUAGUAAAUGAUUAGUAAAUAUAGUAAA